AUAUUUUCAUUACAUAAAUCAAUACUUGAUCAAUAUUAAGGUGUUUUGUAAAGCCAUCAAUGUAGAGAUUAAUUUUUUUUAUUUAUAAAUAUGGGUUGUGGCAGUAAAGUCAAAGAAGAUAGAGAUCAUGAAUUGUAUACAAAGAAAUUCCUUCAGACAGUCAAAUUGUUGCUCCUUGGUACUGGUGAAUCUGGGAAAACGACUAUCAUCAAGCAGAUGAAGAUUUUACAUAUCAAUGGCUAUUCAAAUGAUGAAAGAAGAGAAAAGAUUCCUUUUAUAAAGCAAAAUAUUCAUGAGUCCAUAUUUGACAUUGUUAGUAAUAUGAGUAGAAUUAAUCCUCCAGUAGAAGCCCAAAGUGAAGAAAGUAAAGCAUCUAUUGAAUACAUUCUAAACCUAGGACCAGGUUGUCCAAGUGAAUUUACAGAGGAAUACAUUCACCAUGUUAAGACAGCUUGGGCUGACGCCGGCGUACAAAAGACCUUCAACAGAUCCAAUGAAUAUCAACUCAUUGAUAGUGCAGAACAUUUCUUAAAUCAAGUAGACGUCGUUUGCAAACCGGACUACAUACCAACAAAUCAAGAUAUACUAUUCUGUAGAAUAAUGACUGUAUCCAUCUCAAAAAUAGAAUUUGACAUGCCAGUACCUAAACAAUACGGAGGAGGUAAAGCAGAGUUUUGGAUGUUCGACGUAGGAGGUCAAAGAGGAGAGAGAAAGAAGUGGAUUAAGGUAUUUGCAGGAAUUCAGGGAAUCCUGUUUCUAAUUGCUGCUAGCGAUUUUGAUCUAAUGUUAAGAGAGGAUACAAGCGUAAAUAGACUUGAGGAAUCCUUCAGGUUAUUUCAAGACAUUUAUUCUAGUGAGUAUGUGGAAAAAGUUGCCAUGAUAGUAUUUUUAAAUAAACAAGAUCUCUUACAGAGAAAAAUUGAGCAAGGAAGAAAAUUGGCAAAGUACUUUCCAGAAUAUUCACAUUUUAACGUAAGCGAUACCAGUGAAUAUGAAAAAGCAAAAUUAUUUAUGAAACAAAAAUUAUUAGGCAUUGCUCAAACGCCUGUGAAUGUAGAAAAAUCGGUCAAACGCGGCAAAAAUAUUACUGAAAGAAUAGCACCAAGAGAUACCUACAUCCAUUAUACAAUUGCAACAGAUACAAAUAAUAUUAAGAGAGUAUUUGAUUCCGUCCAUGAAAGUAUUCUUAGAACAACGGUACAAGAAGUUGGGCUUAUCUGAUUUAUAUAAAAUAAUUUCUAUUUUUCUUUUAAGAAAUAAUUAUCACACAAUAUACAUACAUAAAGAAAA